UCUAGGAGAAUAAGAAACCUGGAGUGUUCACGUGCCAAUCAAGAAUCUUAAAGCCCCCAAAAUCCAACAACUAAUAUAUAUACCAAAAAAAUUCACCACUGUGUCAUUCAUCACCCAUGACCAUGAUCCAAUCCAUCCAAAUCCCUCUCUAUAAUGCCUUCAUCAAAAUCCAGUAGUAGAAACGAAACGAUUGAGUAAUCCUAACUUGAUGAUACUAGUCCUUAGUUGAUAACAUUGUUAUCACAUCAAACUUGCAAUAACAUAAAAACUUCCUUACAGUUCCUCUUUCUCUCUUGUCUCUCUUUCUUCCACCCUUCCCUCUCUUCUCGUCUUUACAUCACACCCUCUUUUCCCCCCUUUGCCAAAGCUCUGAUCUUGUCCCCCUCCAAUCCCCGCUACUCUGCUUUUCUUGAUCUGGGUGUCUCGUUCUCAGUUUUGAAUCGUUUUUCUGUUCUGGGUCUUUCUCCUCUUCGAAAAAGAUCUGAUUUUUCUCCCUGUUUUGAUUCGAAUCCCUCGUGAACCCUCUUUCUUGAUCUGGGUGUGUGGGAAACCGUUUUUAUCCUUCAAUUAUGAGGAAAAGGGAGAGGGAGAAUCCUUGUGGCGUGUGUGGCCACUAUCACAAAUAUGAAGAAGGGGAAGUGUGUUCGAUUUGCGGUCACCGGAUUCCGGUUGGAUCGGAGAAAACUUCGAUACAAGUUAGUGCUUUUCCUUCCGUUGUUCUGCCGGAAUUUCUUUACCUAGGAAGCUACGACAACGCAUCACGCUCGGAGCUUCUGAAGACUCAGGGGAUUUCUCGUAUCCUCAAUACCGUCCCUUCUUGUCAAAAUCUCUACAAGAACUCGUUUACCUAUCACUGCCUCCCAGAUGACAAAACUUUGCCAUUUGAUGAAGCAAUUCAGUUUCUUGAGCAAUGUGAGAAGGAUAAGGAGCGUGUUCUGGUUCAUUGCAUGUCAGGAAAGAGUAGGUCUCCAGCUAUUGUGAUUGCAUACUUGAUGAAGUCCAAAGGAUGGAGACUUGUACACAGUUAUCAGUGGGUAAAGGAACGGAGACCUUCUGUUGAAUUAACUCAAGGUGUGUACCAGCAGCUGCAGGAGUUUGAGGAAAAGAUCUAUGGACGGAUCGAUAGUGGAAGCUCUCUGGUGCCUGGUUUCUUGCCUGCAGCACCUCCUUCAAUUAGCUUUGGUUUUCCAAAGAUCAAUGAUCCAGCUCAACUUCCCUCAUUCAGCGCUGGAACUCCUUCAAUCUUCGCGCGAGCACCUCUAGACAUUGCUCCUACCGAGUUUACAUUUGGUGCAGGUCAGACUCAGAAGAAUGUGGCUGGAAAUCCCUUUAAUGCAAAUCCAGCAAAUCCAAAUGGCACUGAUAUCCAAAUGGAUGGUUCUUGAUCCUUCACCGGCCACUUGUGUGAUUAAGCUGCUUGACAAUUUGUCUUGUGGUAAAGUUUGCAAGGUACCACCACCAGGCUGCCAUAUUUCAAGUCAAGGUGCAAUAAUCACAAGUGACUUGUCAAUUCUACACCAACUUCUUUUUUUCCCAUGUUUUUCUCAAAUCUUUUCAUAGUUAUCUCUGGUUGUAGUAUUGAGAUACAGCAUAUUUUUACUGGCCUCAGUUGUUCUGCGCGACAAUAUCCAGUUUUCAAUAUUAGAAGCAAAAUCUUAUCUACAAGGUAUACAAAUAGUAAACAAUCCAGCUUGUGGAACCGCUGUUUUAAAAUAUAGAAAAAUUCAUGGACCAGUUUUUGAAAUUCA